UGCAGCACAAAAUUUUUAUUUGAUUGAUCAUUCUUUCCAAAUUAUAUAGCAGCGAUAGCUGUACAGCAAAAUAAUGGCUACAAUUAUGCCUCCAGAAAGUCUUUGCUUCUCUUAUUGGGCAGGGCUAGUUGUGUUAACUGCCUUAACAUUCCUGGUUUACCAGAUUAUGAAUCCCCUGCAGUACUCUCAACAAGAACCAAAGGCUGAUAUUCCUCCAGGCAGUCGAGGAUUACCAUUGAUCGGAGAGACCUUACACUUCAUGGCUGCCAUCAACAGCGGUAAAGGGUUUUACGAGUUUGUAAGACUACGCCGUCUCCGAUAUGGCAAAUGCUUCAGGACCAACAUAUUUGGGGGGACGCAUGUCUUUGUUUCAAGCACCAAUUCAGCCAAGGCAAUUCUAAACAACGACUUGGGAAACUUCGGGAAGAGAUACAUAAAGUCUAUUGCGGAGCUCGUAGGAAAUCAAAGCUUGCUUUGUGCUUCGCAUCAGCACCACAAACGACUUCGUGGCCAACUGGGCAGCUUGUUCUCUACAAAUUCUCUAUCGGUGUUCAUCGAACAGUUUGAUCAACUCAUUAUCGCAGCUCUAAAAGGCUGGGAACAUAAAGGCACUGUCGUUAUACAAGAUGAAGCAUUCAAGAUAACUGGAAAAGCAAUGUGUAAGAUGUUGUUAAGCUUGGAAAGUGAACACGAGCUAGAGGUGGUGCGGACAGAGGUAGCUCAUGUUUGUGAAGCUAUGCUAGCAUUUCCUUUGAGGUUGCCUGGUACUAAAUUUUACAAGGGCCUUCAGGGGAGGAAGAAAAUCAUGAGCAUAAUUGAUAAAGCAAUGAGAGAAAGGAGGAGAGGAGGGUUAGAAGCUAAUGUAGAUGAUCUUCUACAACAAAUAUUGAGAAAUGGAGCAGCUGGCCAUGGGCUAACAGAUGAAGAGGUCAUAGACAAUAUAUUAACCAUGGUAAUUGCAGGUCAAGAUACCACAGCCAGUGCAAUGACCUGGAUGGUAAAAUUCUUGGGUGAAAAUCCAGAUGUGCUUCACACUCUUAUGAAAGAACAACUUGACUUGGGGAGAAAUACUUCGUCAAAGUCACUUCUAACACUGGAAAGUAUUAACGAGAUGCCGUAUGCUUCUAAGGUAGUGAAGGAAUCCCUAAGGCUGGCCUCGAUCGUGCCUUGGUUCCCAAGACUAGCUCUUGAGGAUUGCGAGAUGGAAGGUUUUAGGAUCAAGAAAGGUUGGAACGUAAAUGUUGAUGCUAAAUCGAUACACCUUGAUCCGACUGUGUACAUCGAUCCAGACACGUUCAAUCCCUCGCGGUUUGAUGAUGAAUAUCCAAAAGGAGGAUAUGGCAGGAUCUUAGCUUUUGGGAUGGGAGGGAGGACAUGUUUGGGGAUGAACAUGGCUAAGGCGAUGAUGCUCGUUUUUCUUCACCGUCUCCUCACUACUUACAGGUGGAAGGUGAUCGACCAAGAUUCGAGCAUUCAAAAAUGGGGUCUCUUCUCAAAGUUAAGAAGUGGAUGUCCGGUGACUGUAACUAGUAUCAAAGAAGAUAUAUACUAAUGCAUGUAAUCUAAUAUAUUGUGUUCGAAGUUGUUUUGGGGAAGAUAUUAAGCAUCAUUUCAAUUUAUGGUUCGUAUUAAGGUUGAAUCAUCGACCAGAAACUCGUCCUCUUCUCAUUUGGGGUUUGGGGUACUGAAUGAAAAUACCCCUCCAACAAGGAGCAAAAGACAAGGACACCAAAUUUGACCCUAGAAUAUUUUAUCCGUCUGUCAUCUAUUCCCAUAAUUAGUUUUUGAUAUAAACUUUGGGAUCAUUCAACUAGAGGACAGCACA